AUGAAAAUUGUUAAUCACCUUCAUCAUCUUCAUGAUCUUACUCAUUUAGACUUGUACGAUAUUUCUUGUUACAGUGAUCAAGGAGAUUUUCAAACAAUUAUUAACAAUAUUUGGAAUUUACCAAAGCUUAUUUAUUGUCACCUUAAUGUUCAUGUUAAUAAAGAGCGGAUACUUUACCCACCGACAAAGCUCUCGACAUCUCUCAGAAAUGUACGUAUAUCUGGCUAUACACUUAAAUGGAAUGAAAUAUAUCGAUUAUUCGAAUACACAUCUGCUCUCAAAUAUCUUUCAGUAUCUGUUAAAUCGAAUGAUGAUAGUGAUUAUAAAUCAUUUCUUUAUCCGACACUAAUCGAUCUAUCGAUUUAUACAUUCCAUAUUUAUGAUAUAUCGAAAUUAAUUUCUUUCUUGAAAAAUUUACCUAAUUUACGUCGUUUAAGUGUUAAUUUUUCGUCCAAUUUAAUCAAUGGUUAUCAAUGGAAAGAAAUUAUUCGUGAUUAUUUAUCCAAUUUAAAAGUAUUUCAAUUAAAAAUGAAAGAUGAAAUUUCUCUCAAUGAAAAUGUUGAAGAACGAGCAAAUGAAUUAAUUAAUUCAUUUCGAAAUUCAUUUUGGAUGGAUGAACAUAAAUGGUUUGUUCGAUGUUUUAUCCAUGAUCAAACUAUUCACCUCGAAACUUUAUCAAAACUAUAUUCUUAUUUAGAAAAAAAGCUACCUAAUUGGUGGAAAUCAACGUAUCCUCACGAUGAUGAAAAGAAAUAUUACAGUACCAUAUCAAGCAUCUAUCAUGACACAUUUUUUCAUCAUUCAAUUCCAUCAUACAUUCGUUUACAUAACAUUAAUUUUCUUUGUAUACAACUUCCUAUUCCGGAUGAAUUUUGGUCUGUUGUUCCGAGUUUAGAUAAACUGACGUCACUUACAGUAUCAUCUUACACUGAUACUUUUCAAUCUCAAUUGCAAACUUUACUUGAUCGUGCACAGAAUGUUCACAAUCUACAAAUUCGACAAAAAGAAUCAUUACCUUUGCAAAUAUCAUUAUUUCAAUAUACAAAUUCAUCAGUUUGUCAACUUAAUUUACAAGAUUGUCUUCGAUUGUGUCAUUCAUCAUUUGGUAUUCAAUGUAAAGUACUUAUGAUUCAAGUAAAAAAUCGUCAAAGUAUUAGUAUUCUUGUUAACAAUAUGAACCAUCUUCAAGCAUUGCAUGUUGAAUGUAAAGAUGAUCAAUACUCGAAACAGUUGUUAUCAGGAGAAAAUGUUGAUGAAUCAAACAAAGAUGAACUUAUUCAAUGGUUAAUCGAUCAUUUCCCAUCAUGCUAUUUUAUUGUUAGAGAUUCAAAUUCUCUUAAUUGUAUUCAAAUAUGGAUUCAAUAA